AUGGGAAGCUGAAAUUGCACUAAGAAAUCACCAGAAGUUGAAUUGGAAGUACAUCCACGCCCAAAGAGACUCCUCAAGAACAAAUUUAGUCAAAGUAAGGAUUUAGGAAAAGACUUAGCCCCUGAAUAUCAAUUGUUCUAUUAUUAUGACCCGAAUGACAAAUGAAAGAAGACAUUAGAGGAGUUAUAUACUAUUGUGAGAAAGUGUCAGACCAUUGUUGAGAAGUAUCAAUCAAUCCGUUCUGACUCCUAUCCUCUCAGCUUGCACCAAAUCUCUAGGCUAAUUUAUCAAAUUACUUCUGCUUUCAAAAUGAACCAAUUCUGGAUACAGUGUAGAUGGGAAUAUAAAGAAGAUACAAACAUUAAGAAUGCAUUCAACCAUAUCCGAUCACAAGUUAAUGAACUCGAACAGAAACUAAGCGUUAUAAACGAAGUUACUGAGGGUCAGCAAACAAAGAAGGUUACUCCAAAGGAGUACUAUAAGGAAAGGGAUGGGAAGCAAGAAGGUCAACUGACAGCCGCAAAAGAUUUAAAUUUCUGUUACUCAACCUCCCAAUGAAGCCAAGAAGCUGCCGGUUUAAACUUAUAUCACACUUUCGAGACUCUUUACAGGUUGAGCUGCAAUGGACUCAGUCAGAAAAUUUAUCAAAACUCAAAUGAAAAUAUCCAUAGCCAGAAUGCUAGUUAUUGGCAUUAUUUCCCCCAAAAGCCAGGUCUUUCGCUGGAGGCUGAUCAUAGAAAUCCUGAAGAUUGUGUAUACAUCAAAAAGGUACGAAAGGUCGCUCUUCCUGGCUUCGAAAGUUUCACUGUCAAAACUGAUUCUAAAUUCAUGAAGUCAUUCCAUAAAUCUGUAGCCUAUUUCUCACCUUGUAACGGUUUGGAUGAUCUGACACUUGCAUCCUUGGAGCCAACGAAGAUUGGUCUCUAUUUGCCACAAAUUAUUAAGACAUGAGCUCGUGUCCAGAAGUCAGUCUGGCUUUGGGGGUUUAACUUAAAUGAAACCCAGUUUAAAAAGUUCCUCAUGGGGUGUAGACAUCAAGAGCAAGUAACCUUUUAUCAGUGCAGAUUUAGCAUUCCGAGAGUGCCUGACCUGAGCAAGUGAAUGAAAGGAACACUUAUUAAGAAAAUUUGGCUUUGAUUUUGAGAUGAAAAUUAUGAGUUGAGCAAAUAUUCAGAAACGAUGGAGAAUUUGAUAAAAGGAAUUUCUGUCUGUGACCUUAAAGAGUCUCUUAGAGAAGUAGAGAUUUUGGAUUUAACAGCAAAAGACUAUUUUAAUGCGAUCUUUGAGAAAUAUGGUCUUGGCCAUAUUGUAGAUAAUCAUUUUUAAGCUAAAUUUAAUUAUUCAACUUUAAAAAUAAA